UCCACCUUCGCUCCAUCCCCUACCUUCUCUUCUCUCUCUCUCUAGAACAGCUCAUUUGCAGAGCUUGCUCUCUCUCUCCGUCGCCCAUUUGACCCGGCGAGGCUCGAGAGGAGACGUAAACCGUCAAUGGGUAUCUGCAGUUCCUGCGAAUCCACCACCGUCGCGACGGCCAAGCUCAUCCUCAUGGACGGGAGGCUCCAGGAGUUCUCGUACCCUGUCAAGGCCUCCUACGUCCUCCAGAAGAACCGCGACUGCUUCAUCUGCAACUCCGACGAGAUGGAGUUCGACGACGUCGUCUCCGCCGUCGACGCCGACGACGAGCUCCUCCCCGGCCGCCUCUACUUCGCCCUGCCCCUCAGCCGCCUGAAGCGGCCCCUGCAGGCGGAGGAGAUGGCCGCGCUCGCCGUCAAGGCCAGCUCCGCCCUCAUGAGGAGCGGCGGCGACAAAUGCGGGUGCCGCCGGAAGUCGGUGUCGCCGGCGUGGUUCUCCGACGAGGAGACGAAUAGCUGUAGGGAUGCCGCGGCGGCUGCAGCCAGCGGCGGCGGCAGGAGGGGCGGUCGGGGUGGGAGGAGGAAGGCGAUGUUGAGUGCGAUCCCGGAGUAGGGGCAUUUUUGAAAAUAUUUGUAGGUUUUGGAAGGUGUAAAUAUAUAUUAGUGAGUUUCCACUUUUAUUUUUUGGCUGAAUCUUCAAUCGAUUGUAGAGCCGCUCCUGAAAAUCAGAAGAUGUGAUAAUGGGGAAAGAGAAGAGAAGACCCUUUGGGCAAAUUUUAAAUUUUUUC